UUACUCGUUCUCGCCUCCCGGCUAUUCUUAUCAAAUUACCUGAGUUUCCCCACAAAGCCGGCGACUUGGGUUACCAUCGGAGCCCGGAGUCUUCUCGGAAUAUUCCCCAACUUGUCGUAAUUAAUGCAGCUUGAAACCGCGUAUUGAAGUAAGGUCUGAUCGAUCGAAUCCACCUUUUGAGCAAGAACUUCUUUUGAUCGAUUCCGUUCGAAGAAUAUCGAAAGGACCGAGAAGGGUUCCCAAGCUCUCUAUCUCUAUAAUCUAAUCCACGAUGAGUUUCCUCUUCGGAAACCGGAAAACCCCCGCAGAGCUACUGCGGGAGAACAAAAGAAUGCUUGACAAAUCUAUCAGAGAAAUAGAAAGAGAGAGACAGGGGCUCCAAACCCAGGAAAAGAAGCUUAUUGUGGAGAUCAAGAAAACGGCUAAGCAAGGCCAAAUGGGAGCUGUAAAAGUAAUGGCAAAGGACCUUAUUCGGACAAGACAUCAGAUUACUAAGUUCUAUGCACUCAAGUCUCAGCUCCAGGGUGUUUCUCUUAGAAUUCAGACACUAAAAUCAACACAAGCCAUGGGUGAGGCCAUGAAAGGUGUUACCAAAGCUAUGGGACAGAUGAACAGGCAGAUGAACCUACCAGCGUUGCAAAAGAUAAUGCAAGAGUUUGAGCGUCAGAAUGAAAAGAUGGAAAUGGUCAGCGAAGUAAUGGGAGAUGCCAUAGAUGAUGCUCUGGAAGGAGACGAGGAAGAGGAAGAAACAGAAGAGUUAGUUAACCAGGUCCUCGAUGAGAUUGGCGUCGACAUCAAUGCAGAGCUUGUCAAGGCACCCUCAUCCGCAGUGGCUGCUGCACCAGUGGCAGCUCCAAGGGUUGCCCAGGCUGAAACAAGUGGGAAUGAAGAGAGCGGGAUAGAUAGCGAUCUACAAGCAAGGUUAGACAAUCUAAGGAAAAUGUAACUUUCCAGAUAAAAUUUCACAGAUGAGUGCGAGGGAAAGCUGGGGCCAUGUAUUAUAUGUAAGAUAUAUUCUCAUUAUCAAGCCUGGUGUUUGGCAUAUUGGAAUGAUUCAGUAAAUUCGUGUUUGGGCUUCCAUCACUAUAAACAUAUUCUUUUCUUUCAUUUGUUUUUGAGUUGCCAGUACUCUCUUUCAAUCUUUAUCCCUGUUUUAGUGCUGAAA